AUGUAUUACCCGCUUGCAAAUACUUUUUCGUCCCUUAUCGUUCGAAUGGCCUCAGGAUACGGAUACAACGGUGGUAAAAGCAGGUGUUUUACCUUCUGGCAAGAACUGCGAAAAUGCUAUGCUAUGGCAGACCAUCCCACACAAUGCGUACUGCAGUCUGAGGAUUAUCUUGAAUGUUUACAUAAUACUAAAGAGUUGGCGAGAGCAAGGCGCAUCAGAGCUGAAAUACUAAAAAAGUCGGGACAACGCAAGAAAAAGGAAGCUACAUUGCGUAAGACUAGCCAAGCUGCGUUGGAUAGUAAAGUCAUGCGAUUGGGUAUAAUUACUAACAAGAAUGACUGA